AUGCCCUCCUUAGAUAAACCAUGGGCCAUCAUCGUUGGCGCUGGUCCGUCUGGCUUGCUUCUCGCUCUCAUUCUCGCAAAGAAGGGAAUCCCGGUCCAAGUACUGGAAGCUUCGAGUAAGCUGGAUGACUCGCCCAGAGCAGCAUACUAUGGGCCUCCCGCGGCGUACGAACUACGGCGUGCAGGAGUUAUCGAUGAGAUCAGGAAGGAUGGAUUCGACCCUGUUAUAAUGUGUUGGCGAAAGCUAGAUGGUACCUAUCUUGCUGGAUUCAACAAUAGUCUCAUGAAAGACGACCCUGAUAGACUGGCAUGUAUGCCAUUGGCCCAACUCGAUCAGCUUCUCUACCGACAUGCCACAGCGCAGCCUUCAGUGAAGGUGUCCUUCAAUCACAAAGUCGUUGACAUAGGACAAGACGAUGAAAAGGCGUGGGUCGAUGUGGAAACCCCCGAAGGUAACAAGCGUUUAGAAGCUACCUACAUCGUGGGUUGCGAUGGUGCUUCAAGCAUCGUCAGAAGAAGGCUUUACCCCGACAAAGAUUUCCCCGGCUACACCUGGGACAAACAGAUUGUGGCCACCAACGUCGCUUAUCCGUUCGAGAAAUUCGGCUAUGAGGAUGUUCAAUUCUUCAUUCAUCCCGAGCAUUGGCAUAUGGUGGCCCGCCUGACUAAGAACCCCGAUCCAACUAAGUUAAGCUAUUGGCGAGUGUCAUACGGGGAGAUUCCAGGUUUGACUGACCAGGAACUGAUUGCGCGACAACCGAUGAAAUUUGAGGCGAUGCUGCCUGGUCACCCCAAACCUGGUGAGUAUGAGCUUGCAGCUAUCAGUCCAUACAAGAUCCAUCAACGAUUGGUUAAAAGUCUCCACGUGGGACGAUUUCUUCUCGCUGCUGACGCAGCACACAUUUGCAAUCCGUUUGGUGGGCUAGGAUUGACUGGUGGCAUCGUGGACAUCGGUGGGCUAUCUGAUUGCCUCAUUGGCAUCUAUGAAGGCAAAGCAGACGACACUAUCCUAGAUAAAUAUUCGGAUGUCCGGCGAGAGAAGUUCCAAAAAGUGACUGACCCUGUGUCGACCGAGAACAUUACGAGGCUGUUCAGUCAAGAUCCAGAAAAGGCGCUUGAAAACGACUCCUUUUUGAAGAUGCUCAACAGCAUCAAAGACGACGAGAAGGCCCAGCUGGAAUUCAUGCGUGGCCCGUUCGCACUCUCAUAUGAUUUUACCCAGCACUACAAUACAAAUUAG